UAGCCGGGUCCCAGCUUGCGGGAUCGCAGUCCGUGCAGCAGCAGCAGCAACAGCAGCUAAGGCGUCUGAUGCGUCCGCGAACAAAGGCAGCUGUGCGCAAUCGGGACUAGCAGCGUGCGCAGUCAGCCAAAGGCGGACGAGGAGCAAAGGAAGCCGUGCGCUCUGCGGUAAUUGGUGGUGCAACGCCGGGCUCGCUCUGUAGCUGGAAGCGCAGGAUCGGCUGGUUUGCGGGUCCCGGAUCUUGACCCCCCAUUGCCAAGCAGAUCUCCGGGAAAAGAGGCGAGGGGAUCCCGAGGAAACGGGGACAACAAAGGAGGGGAAAGGAGAAGGCAACGUGCGCUUGGCGUCGCCCCACCAGCUCGCCGCUUUCUGCUCCCCUCCUCCUCCACCCCCAGGAAAGGACUGAUCCUGCCGGGGGUCGGAUCUCCGGCAAAGUUCGCCCGACGAGGCAUCCCGGCUGGCGGGUCCGCGCUCUUCCCAUGCGCAGAGGGGAACCUGGAGCAGCGCUCGCCAUGCGCUCGGCGCUGCUGCUGCUGUUGCUCGGCGUAAUCUCCUCCUGCAGGGGAACUACCGUAGCUGGAACCAUGAGUGGCACGUUGGUGACGCCCACAAGCAGUGCUAAGUCCACCACCUUAACCCCCGGAAGUACCACUCCUCCAAAUGCGACCCUGAAGACCACCGUCUCUGCUACUACAGCCAAAAGCAGUGUCUCGACAACUGCAGGAAGCCCCCCACUGAGUACGCUUGCGGGGACCACUAAUAAACCCACAGACACAACUUCAAGUGGAGUCAAGGGAUCUUCUGUCGCCAUAGCUACGUCAGUGGCUGCAACCACCCCCAAACCAACUGUAGUGGCAUCAACCAAAACUACACCUGCGACCCCCCGGGAGACAACAACGUCCUUGCCAGGCGUUGGGUCAAAAGCAGUGACCUCGACGCCACACUCUGGCGUUGUGACAACAAGUGCCCCGACUCUGAAGCCAGGCAGUUCAGCUGCUGCCACUCCAGGGAAGAGCCCAGGCACCACGCCAGGUUCAGGAGACAUCACCACUGUUGCUUCUACAGCAGAGAAAUCUACAAACAAGGCCGUCGUCCCUGCUGCAACGCCCACAGAGAAGCCAAAGGAAGCCGAGUCAACAACGAGAACGGCGACAACGAAAGAACUUGGGGGGACGGCGGGCAGCACAGCCACGCAUACGGCGGGAGCAGUUCCACCACCGCCCAGCUCAAGUUCUGGGACUUCAGUCACAAGGAAGACCCCCUCAGCCUCUCCGCAGCCCCCCGUCGCGUUUCCCGAUACUUCUUUCGUAGCCCAGACCAAGAUUGUCUGUGAAAAAGUGGUGCCACCAGAAGACCAGGCAAUCAUUUUGACCUUGAACCAAUCCACGCCAUGUAACAGUUUGGAGAAGAGCGCCGCGAAAAACGCUCUCUUGAAUGUCCUCUGCAAAGCGGUGAAGCCCACCUUCAACCAGAGCCGGGAUGGGUGUUUGGCGAGGCUGGCUUCCAAAGACGACCCCAAAUACUUGGCUGUCCUCGAGGUGGCUGUGUUGACAAACUCUGCAGAUAAGGAGCUGUUUGAGUCUUUGGCGGCGAAGAUGGAAGAGCUGGAAAAGAUUGGAGUGAAGAACAUCACCCAUGGCGGCAGGAGCAGGGACCCCGACAUAGAGGACCGCUUCAGCAUGCCUCUGAUCAUCACCAUUGUCUGCAUGGCUGCCUCUCUGCUACUUGGCGCCGCCAUCUACGGCUGCUGCCACCAACGCCUCUCCCAAAGGAAGGACCAGCAGCGCCUGACCGAGGAACUUCAGACGAUGGAGAACGGUUACCACGACAACCCGACCCUGGAGGUGAUGGAGACCUCCUCAGAGAUGCAGGAGAAGAAGGUCAACCUGAACGGGGAGCUUGGAGACAGCUGGAUCGUCCCCAUGGACAGCCUAACGAAAGAGGAUCUGGAGGAUGAAGAGGACACGCAUUUAUAAUUGUUUGGGGCUUCUUGUUUCGUUUUUUAAAGAGAGAACGAACUUUGUGCUAAGCGAAAAUUUCGAAAACACAGAAAACUCAAAACUUGCAGCCACAAGUGCCGACAUGCAGAAGAGGCCUCGCGGUUAUUGGGCGAGAGGAUUUGUCAAGGGGGCAUCUGCCGUGGCCAAAUCCUUUUUGUUUUGUUUGUUUGGUUUUGUUUUCUAAAAUCCCAUUAGCUUUCUAAGCAAAUUCUAUGUGUUGGUGUGUGUAUAUGUGUACAUAUAUAUAUAUUUUUAAUGA